AAAAAAAUCAACCAUUUUAUCGAUUUUGUUAAUAUAUGAUUUACAGUGUUGAAGAUGUUCAUCAAUUACAUAUAUUUGAUGAUAAUGAUUGGUUGAUGAUAAUUUAAUCUAUCUGAAUAUAGUGUGUUACCAUCAAAUAUGUAAUAUAUAUAGACAACAUAUUCAGACAAUGCGUCGAACGAAUAUAUAUCGACGAUGAACCAAAAAGAAAAAAAAAGAGAAAAGAAAAUGUGAUGCAGCUGCCGGUUUAAUGUAUUCAACAUGAGGAUAUGAAGAAGAAGAAAAAAAAAUGAUGAUGCUAAUUUUAUCCCGACAUACAUUCUAUUCUAUAUGAUGAUUCUUGUAUUCAGCUCAUUGUCAUUCAAGUGGGAAAGAAUCGCUUUAGUGAAAUUUUUUUUUGUUUUUGUUUCCACUCGACCUCGAAUUCACUUAUAGAAAAAAAUAGUUAAUUAACGAAUAUCAUACACAAUAUAUAUUGUAUGGCAUUCUUGUUUGAAUUGAAUUGAAUUGAAUUUCGUUUUUUUUUCAACACGAUUCUCUGUCAUUCGCCAUCGACCUUAUAAACUGCUGUUGUGGUUUUUUUUGUUUCAUUCAUCGUGUUUUUUUUUCAUUCAACAAUUCGAACAUUGAUAAUUUUCGACCAUCGGAUUUGAUCAUCGGAUCGAAGCAAACAUAAUCAUAACAAAAACGAUGGAUCCAAUUAUAUUUUUGGAUCUAGCCAAUGAGCUUACACAGCUCAAAAUGUAUCCAUAUUUUGAUGUUGCCCAUUUCAUUGUUACUGGUCUUUAUCUACGUGAUGAUCUAUCAACAGGAUGUCAUGUAUUUUCACGAAAACAUCCAUUUGCAUGUUGGAUUUCAUUCAUGUUGUCGGCAUUUGCUGGCAAUAUUUUAUCGGCAUUUCUACUCGGUGAACCAAUUGUUUCAUCAUUCAAAAGUACAAAUCAUAUUAUAUUGGCUACGGCUGUUUGGUACGUUCUAUUCUAUUCACCAUUCGAUUUUGUCUAUAAAUUGAUAAAAUUCUUGCCAUGUAAAUUGGGAAUAAUAAUCAUGAAAGAGAUUAUACGUUGUAAAAAAAUUAAUGACGGUGUUAAUCAUGCAGCUAGUCUUUAUCCAAAUUCAUUCAUAAUAAUGAUCAUUAUCGGUACGGUCAAAGGAAAUGGUAGCUCAUUUUCAAAGCUUUUAGAACGUUGUAUUCGUGGUGUAUGGACACCGACGGCCAUUGAAUUUAUGUCACCAUCAUUUGCAACCAAAGCUUCAAUCGGUGCUUCAGUGGUGUUCAUUUUGGAUAAAAAAACCGAUCUAAUUUCUGCUCCACAUUCAUUAGUCUAUUUAGGUGUUGUCAUAUUUUUCAUCUAUUUCAAGCUAUCAUCCGUAUUGUUAGGCAUUCAUGAUCCAUUUUUGCCAUUUGAAAAUCUUUUCUGUGCAUUAUGUUUCGGUGGUAUUUGGGAUUCACUUUCUGAUUUUAUAACCUCUAAAAAUACAUCAGAAAAUGGUACUGUUAAAGCGGAUCUUUCGAAAAAUGGCAAAGCUGAAAUCCGAAAAAAGGAUUAAAUUAUUUAUUAUUUUGAAAUCCAUGUUGUUUUUUUUAUAUAUACAAAAAUUCUAUAUAUGCUAUACAUUGUAUCUGUAUUUUCCCCUUUUUGUUGUUGUUGUUGUUGUUGCUUGGAUUAUCAAUCAAUCACCAAUCAACGUUUUUAAUUUCCACACACAUUAUGGAUGGAUUGAAUAUAUUUUGAAAUUAAAAAAAAAUAAUCGAAUCAAA